UGUACCACCUGAUGGAUAUCCGUAUUAAGCGAGAGAUGAUGUCCGCGCAAAUAAUUUGCUUCGCUUGUGUUUUGCUCAUUCCGGCGGUGAUUUUGGCCGUUGAGGAAGUUGAGCUGGAAAUAGGGCAGGGAAAGUUGAAGGGGAUCAAGUCCAAAACGCUACUUGAUCAAAAACCACUUUACAUGUUCACCGGGAUUCCAUAUGCUAAAUCUAUCCAAGGACCAAAUAAAUUUAAGGUUGCCGAACCGCCGGAACCCUGGUCCGGGGUUUACGAUGCGACCCAUCAAGGAUCCGGUUGUGUGUCCUACUGCAUGAUGCGGCAUAAGGUGGUCGGAGAAGACGACUGCUUAUUCUUAAACGUUUACACUCCAGAGCCGAAUAAGGACGCCAGAAAAGCAGUUAUGGUCUUCUUCCAUGGUGGUGGCUUCAAUAUGGGCUCAGCAGAGACGGACUUUUACGGUCCAUACUUCAUUGUUGAAGAGGACGUUGUUCUGGUCACUGUCAACUCUAGACUAGGAGUGUUCGGGUUUUUGAGCACCGAGGAUUCCGCUGCUCCUGGCAACUUGGGACUCAAGGAUCAAAAUGUCGCGUUGAAGUGGGUGCAGGAAAAUAUUCAGUACUUCGGAGGGUGUCCUCACAGGGUGACGAUCUUUGGUCAGAGUUCUGGUGGUGCUUCUGUCCAGUAUCAUAUGAUGUCACCGAUGUCCGCUGGACUUUUCCAGAACGCGCUUUCGCAGGGCGGUUCUGCGGUUGCUCCAUGGGCCAUAACGCACCACGCGAAAGAGGCUGCAUUCAAGCUAGGGAAAGCUUUGGGUAUCGAUACUACUGAUUCUGCUAUUCUUCUCAAAGAACUUACUCAGUUACCAAGCUAUGAAAUAGUCGAGGCUGCAAUGACCGUCGAUCAAACUGAGAAUGCAAUGAAUGGUCACAACAAUGCGUUUAUCCCAUCCGUGGAACCGGACGUUGGUCAAGAAGUUUUCCUACCUGCCGAUCCGUGGGAGUUGAUUAUGAAAGGAAAAGUAUCCGACGUACCGUACAUGGCAGGAUUGAAUCUUAAUGAGACGUUGUUUUUGAAGAGCGCGCUCAUCACGUCCGCCGAUAUGAUGAACGAACACUUCGAAAAUUUCCUACCAGAUGAUUUGAAUGUUACCGACACUGCCCAGCAAAAACAGAUUGCUGAUAUGAUGAGAAAAUUUUAUCUCGACGAUAAACCACUCACUAAGGACUUGUUGCGAGAAUUCGGGCAGAUGACGAUGGAUGUGAUGUUCACUUGCCCCGUGCAAAUACCCCUUACAAUAAUAAACUCCCUCAAGUCUACGCCUACCUACAACUACUUGUUCAUUUACGACUCAUACCUUGGAAUUUUUAAAGUCAUGGGAUUCUACGAUGGUACAGAAGGUGUGAUUCACGGAGACGAGAUGGGUUUCAUAUUGCAUAAUCGUUUUCUUAAUUCGGUACCGCAACCGGGCUCUGACCAGGAAAGAGUCACUCGCCUCCUAACCAAGCUCUGGGCGAAUUUCGCCAAAACAGGAAAUCCUACGCCUGCUUUAGACGAAUAUAUAACGAUGAAUUGGGAGCCGAUGGGGACGGAGAACAAGUACGCCAUCAUCGAUCGAGAACUGACUAUGGACAAGAACAUGUUCAAGGAAAGGAUCGAUUUUUGGUUACCAAUUUACAAGAAUGUAAUUGGCGAUUUUGCUAAACUAUUCUAGAGUUUACGACGGCUGAUUUAAUUUCAUAAUACUAUUCACGUAGUUUCGAUACAAAGGAAAACUACUACCUUGGCUUUUUAUGGCACUCACGUUAAUCGUUAUGAUACUAUUUGAAAAUAGAAUAAAUAUAUUGUUUACAAAAAUGGAUGAGACGGUAGCAGCGUCGCAGUCGGUGUUAUAUUUGAAGUAAUAUGUCAAGUUCAACUGCCGAAAAAGUGGAAGAACAAAAAUGGAGAGCGCCUAGUAGACAGCAAGGCGGCACAACUCAAGGUAAAGAAGGCAGGGAUUCGAGACAAUCGGUCUCGAACUAAUCUCGAAGGUUUCGCCAUUGCUUUUGGUCGAUUGAGCAAGUUUGUUCGCCACUCACUUUUAACGCUCCUCACUACCAGGCGAUCAUGAAAUUACAGCGGUGCUAUUACAGUUUGAACCAUUGAAUCGUAACCCGGCGAUAUGAUUCAAAUGAGGAAAAAUUCUGUGUAGCCACGCCCCGACCGGUAUGAAUAUAUAGGAAAAUUGUUAAACAGGCAGAAAAUAUCGAGUUAAAAAAAUGUCCAUUAAAGAGAGACAAUUCGUGUGAACAAUAAUCCGAGCUAACUCCGCAGCAAGUACCUAUAGUGCAUGAGCUGUGAGGGGAACACAUUUUUCAGGAUCUCGGUUCCCCCAUUCCGGCUACAAACGCUCAUUCUCGAGAAUUAGUUCUCAACCCUCUCAAUAAUACCACGUGAAAAAAUGCAACUACUGGAUCACUGAACUAAGUAUGUACGUAUUUCACCAGCUGUAUACUUGAAAGAGAAUGUGAAAAACAUAGGAGUGUCCUAGUGGGGAAAGCGCCAGAGCACAGAUUAGGGGAAGCGGCACUAUUGGGAGUGACACUAUGGACAGGUUGCACUGUACCAUGGUGCUAAAAAUUGGCUGCAACGGAUUGGCAUAAGAUUGGCAGAGGCGAACGGAGAUAGUCCAGAUGCCGUGGACUCGGGCUAGUCCGCAUUUCGAGAUGAUCCUCAGCAUCUGUCUAUCAGGAUAUCAUAACCCGUUGCGGUACAGAAGACGUUUACCGUCGACUUCGCGGUUUGGACCAUUCCGAGGACAUCCGCCAGUCGUGUGUAAUUGCGACUUUCGCCGAGGCUCUUCGGAGGUCGCGAGGCAUAAUCGCAAUAGUAUCGUUGUUCCGGAUAUUCGAGAGCGAGAUGUCGCAGUCGUGAAGCGGGGGAAUCUCGAGGAAUGUUCAACUAGAACCGCAUACG